UUUACAAUUGUUUAUUUAUAUUUACCUUUACCUACUUUAUAUACAUUUCUAUAAUUCUAUAAUAAAUUAAAUUAAAAACCAAUUUUAAAAGUAAAAUGGGACAGGGGAAGAGUCAGUUUUCAGAGGAAGAACUUCAAGAUUACGAAGAUCUCACAUAUUUCACUAAAAAGGAAGUGUUGUACGCUCAUCAGAAAUUUAAAGCUCUAGCUCCAGAAAAAGUUGGACAUAAUAAAAAUGCCAAAUUACCAAUGGCAAAAAUACUACAAUACCCUGAGCUGAGAGUUAAUCCAUUCAGAGAUAGAAUAUGCAAAGUAUUCAGUUCCAGCAAUGAUGGUGACUGUACAUUCGAAGAUUUCCUUGACAUGAUGUCAGUGUUCAGUGAAACUGCUCCAAAAGCAGUGAAAGCUGAACAUGCAUUUAGAAUAUUUGACUUUGAUGGCGAUGACAUGAUUGGGGUGUCUGAUCUCCGAGAAGUCAUUAAACGUCUCUGUGGACCGGAACACAAGUUGAGUGACUCUGAAAUCCAACAGCUUGUACAGAAUGUGCUAGAAGAAGCUGAUCUAGAUGAUGAUGGGGCACUCUCUUUUGCAGAAUUUGAGCAUAUUAUUGACAAAAGCUCGGAUUUCUGUCACUCAUUCCGUAUAAGGUUGUGAAGAAAUUCUAUUGGAAUAUGAAGAAACAUUUAGUACAUAAACAAAGUUAAUCUCACUAGAUCUGAUACUAUGUAUUUUGAAUGAAAGACUUAAAAUAAAUGAAAAACAAUUAAAUUUAGAGGAAAGCAUGGGAAGGAAAAGUGGAUUUGGCGGCGGAGGAGACG